GAACAGACAUGAGGUACAUCAGAGUACAGAGCUUGAUGGGGAAAUCAGGAGCUAUGAAGCUGCUCCCAGAAAAUAUUAAGGUGUUUUAUUUUGCCAGUGAUAGUCUGGAACCGUAUGUAGAGAUUAUCACAGUGAAGGACUCUAAGCAUCGUCUGAGUCUGUGCAGCUCAGUGGAAUCUGAAGCAGAGGAACCAGAGUACCAGGAGGAAGCUGACAGUGUUCUCCCUGUCCUGAGCGACCACAGUCAGCUGCUAGACGACCACCACCUAGAGAGACUUGCCGCUCACAUGCCAGCGAGGACCCAGGGUUAUCCAUGGCAUCUGGUGUACAGCACGGCCGUCCAUGGGAGCAGCCUGAAGACGUUGUACAGGAAUAUGGCUGGUCUGGAUAGCCCUGUGCUGCUGGUCAUCAAAGACAUGCACAAAAAGGUUUUUGGGGCUUUUUCUUCCGAUCCAUUCAGAGUCACUAAAUAUUGCUACGGCACUGGAGAAACCUUUCUGUUCAGCUUUAACCCUGACUUCCAUGCAUACAGGUGGAGUGGAGACAACUCCUACUUUGUGGGCGGCAACAAUGAAUCUCUUCAGAUUGGUGGAGGAAGUGGGCGCUUUGCCUUGUGGCUGGAUGCUGAUCUGUACCAUGGUGCAAGCUUCCCCUGUCCUACCUUUCACAAUGCACCUCUCUCCUCACAAGAGGACUUCAUUGUACAAGACCUCGAGGUCUGGACUAUGCAUGACUGAGUAGGAAUGUUUGAAAAGAUGAGACAAAAACUAAGCAGAACCUGCUGUCCUGUCUGGAGUUGCAAAACUUUAAGACUUAAAGGAACAUGCGUGGUGGAGCCACUACUGUAUGGAUCCUGAUGGAGCAGAUCCAAUCAUGUGUGCACCUGUAUCAGAGUGUUGUGGUGGUUCUCUGGCCGGGCUUUCUGUCGGUACCUGGUAAAGACAAGCGCCCAGAUGAAAUCCUGUGAAUCAGGGCCCUGCUGUUUUAAACUACCAGCCAUUCAUUAGCAGCUCUGUGCUAAGCCCAGAAAGUAACUGGCAUUUGAAGCUUUAAGUCCUCCAUGCCCUCCUUUUAUAAUGGGGAGCAUUACAAUACAAAGUUCACAACAAUACAGUUGGAUGAAAAUCUUGCAGCCACUGUAAUCACAUUCAGGAUUUAAGAAAGCUCUUUUUAUUUAAUGUUUAACAGAGAGGCAUAUUUGUAAAAAAAACAAAAAAAAAACAACAACGAAACCUAAAUAUCUAUGUAUUCCCAAGUUACACUGAUUAUUUAAUGGUACAAACACUGUAGCGUGAUAGGACCCGAACAGCCUAUCUGAGUUCGUAAUGAUGUUUGGUUUUCAUGUUUUUCAUUUGAAAAAAUAUAACAGAUGAAACCAGUGAGUCUUGAAAAAAAGAAAAGAGUUGCACUAUAAACAACUUAACUAUCUAUGAAAGUUUGCUGUUUGUGGACGAAGGGACUUUAAAUAUUAACUGUCACUUUUUGGGGGGGGGUUUGUGAGACACCUGUCUGCCUACUAAGAAUGGACUAUACUUUGUAGAAACACGUCAUUUUUUGCAUUUUUUUAAAACUAUCUAUAUAUUUAAAUAUAUAUAUAUAUUUUUUUAAGAAAGCUUAAACAGGAGGCAAAGCACAUAAACUGACUGUUCUUUUGUGUCUAUGUUUGUAUGUAUGGUUCUGUCAAGCAGUGCUUGCACUGCCACUGUUUUUCUGUGGAACAACAUUAAAACUGUACUUCCUGUUGAAACUGA